CAGUCCCUUCCAGGAUGCAGUGGGCAGUGGACGAGCGACGCGUCACGCUGCCCGGCCACUACGUCCUGCAAUGGUGGAAGAGCUACCUGCUGUCCGCCAGCGCCUGGUCCAUGUAAGGGCCUUGUGGGUAGCAGCAGAGGGGCGAGCGGCGGCAGUGGCGACGGCGACGGCGGCGGAAUAUGCACAAGCUAACUAAGGGCCUCAAGAAGACCAAGAAGAAGAAGAAGGGCAAGAAGAAGGGCCGCGAGGAGGAACUCUUCGACGCCGCCGAGCUCGAGGAGUACCGCCGCACCCACCAGCAGCAGCAGCAGCAGGAGGACGGCGCUCCGGAUCAGGAGGACCAGGGCGCCGAAGCGGACGAGUGGCGGCAGUUCAAGGCGCUGACCGCCGGCGUCGACACCGUCCUCCGCAAGACCCAGGACGAUCUCGACCGCAUCCGCUCCACCAGUUACUUCCAGCGCAAGAAGCCCGAGUCCGAGGCCAAGCAGAAGGACAAGGGCGAGGACGAACAGCCGUCCAAGAAGCCUGAGGGCGGCGCCAAGAAGUGGGUCGGCUUUGAGGAAGGAGCAGGUGGCCCAGACCCAGAAGAAGCCAGUACUGAGCCCACAACAGCAGCCCCCGCUGCCACUGGUGAAACCUCAGGCGCAGCUUCCACCGCCCCAAAGGACCUCCUAACCGCGCCCGACACAGGGGACCUUCUUGAGGAGUCGGCCGCCGAGGAAUCUUCUGAAGAGGAGGAGGAGGAAGAGGACGACGAUGGGCUGUUCGACACGUCCUAUGUGGACGCUGUCACCAGCGGAGAGGUGAAGCUCGCCUACAUCCCGGACAGCCCGGAGCUAGAAGUAUCCGGAGGCGCCGACGACCCGUUUGACACUUCCUACGUGGAGAGCAUCGCGAAGCAGGCCGAGGAGGAUCUCAAAAAGAGGCCGGCGGUCGUGCUCGACUCGGCGGUGGUGAAGGUCCUCGCGGGCAGAGCUCCGCCAGCCAGCAGCGCCCUAAAGCGCCCCUCGCCCUCCCCCAAGCGCCAGCCGCGCGCCGCAGACGUCGACCUCCUGCUCGCCAGCUUCGACGAGAACGGAAACGCCCCCGCCGCCGCCUCAGAGGGCGCCCCAGUCGAGCCCGCCCCCAAGUCGCUGCUCGACGACCUAGACGACGUCCCCGCGCCCCCCACAGCCCCCGCGCCACAGACGCAGCCGUCACCGUCGCCACACCCCCUGCUGAUCGACGCCCUCGGGGCGUCCGCCUCCCCCAGUCCCCUACCGACCACCGCGCCAGACUACGACCACGACAAGGCAGCAGCAGACGACCACCAACCCGGAGGUGACCUGCGCGACCUGGUCGCCGAGUUUGACCUCAUCUCAGCGCCCGACUCCACUGGGGUCCUUACCACAUCAGCCGCUCUUUCUGAGCCCAGCGUCAAAGUACAGGUUGUAGAUUUCCCCGACGGCCAGGACGAGGAGGAGGAGGACCUCGACGACGAGUUCGCGGCCCUCGCCAAAGAGUCGGUCUCGCGGAAGGCGUCCUACCAGCCGCCGGCGGACGGCGCCGACCAGGACCAGCAGCUAGACCUCGACCUCGGCCUCGGCCUCGAGCGCGACCCGUUCGACACCAGUGUCGCUGCGGCGGUGCUCGGCGAGCAGACCGCGCACGACUCGUUCGACAGCGAGGUCGCCGGGCUCACAGACCAGCCGCCCGCGCUCCCCCAGUCACAAACUCAGGGCCGCAAGCCGCGCGCCUUCCCCAUCUCUCCAGACGUCGACAUCGUCCUCGCCAGCGACAGCCCCAGCUCCUGGGCCGCCUUCGACGACGACGCCGAAGAACCGACCACCAAAGAGAGCAAGCCGGCCAGACCGCCGCCCCCAUCCGCCGCCCCCGCACGCGGCCAGCAGGAGACGUUCCACGAGAGUGAGCUCCGAGCACUCGCCGAGGACUUGGUGGCGCCCGACCCGUUCGACACCUCGUUCGCUGAGGGAAUCCUGCCCGGCAGCUCAGACCUCCGCGUGCUCGAGGAGCAGCUGCUGCAGGGCAACCAGGACACCUCGGUGCUCUCCAGCGUCAGCAUACACGUCACAGACCCGGCGGGCGAGAAGCUCGACCACUCACCGGGCGAGGAGGAACUGAACUCCCUGACGCCCAGCCACCGGGACCUGCUGGGUGGCAGCACCACAGACCUCUCCAAGCUCGGCCACGACCCCAUCGAGCCGGCGGCCGGCGCCGCAGACGAAGCGGAGGAAGUCAGCUGCUUCGCGGAGGACCCUUUCGACACCUCCGUGGUAGAGCGCGUCGCAGCACCGGGCAAGGCGGAGCUGCGCUACCUGGAGGAGGAGCUGCUGGGAGGCGUGACCGCCGCCCCCGAGCGCCGCCUCAGCGACCCCGACUUCGACCCCAGGGCGGCCGAGGACGAAGCGCAGCAGCAAGCCACUGCCGUAGUCAAAGAGGUGGUGGUAGAAGCGGAGGCUGCAGUCCAGAAGCGGCCUGACCUGCUGGGUGCGGCCACCAAGGUCGUCUCGUUCGACCUGCCCACGCCCUCUGAGCGGCCGGACCUCCUGGCCGUCGAGGAAGACAAGGCGCCCAUCGCCAAGCCGCUCACCCCCUACUACCCGGAGCCCAAGACCAUCCUAGACGACAUCGCGAGAAUCGCAGACCCGUUCGACACAUCGUUCGCAGAGAACAUCGCGCCCGGCCGCGCGGAGCUGCGCCUGCUGGAGAACGAGUUGCUGGAAGAGGGGCAACAAGCACCACAGCAGCCGACGCUGCGGCACAGCCUCUCAGACCCGGACUUCGACCCCAGGGGGGAGGAGAAGGCAGAGGCGGGCCAGCAGCAGCCAGGAGGAGAGCACAGCAGUCCAGAGCCGGUGACCACCGCGGCAGGAGCAGCUGGAAGGCGUCGCUCUGAGCUGGUAACUCCAGCACCACCUCCAGCGGACUCUGCCCUCCGCAGACGCUUCUCUGACGUCACAGGAGACCGCGGCCCCAGAGCCAGGGCUCUCCAGCCACCCGACAGCCUUCCCUUGGCUCUCUCUCCCAUACAGGGAUCGCGGCCAGACCUCUUGCUCGUCGAGGAAGAGGACGCAGCAGCAACAGCCAAGCCACUGACGCCAAUAUCCAGAGGACAACCAGCACUCCCAGUGUCAGACGACCCGUUCGACACUUCAGCAGUCGCUGGCAACUUGCUGCCUGGGAAGGCCGAGCUUAAGGUGCUCGAGAGCGAACUCAUCGGCGGGCCUCUGAAGCGCAGCUACACCGACCCCGACUUCGACCCCAGGGCCAGUGAUCAUAAGGAGGACGCAGACCGGCCCGAGCAGUCCCAGGAGGCUCACCCAGACCAGCGACCCGCCACACCCGACAGGCCCGACCUGCUGAACCUGCCACCUGCCGAGUCCCAGCUCGCCCACAAGCCGCUCACGCCGACAGACUCCCUCCCAGAAUCCGCCGCGCCACCCGUCGACGGCUGCGACGUUGACGACCCCUUCGACACCUCAAUUGUCGACGGUCUGGUGGCCCCGGGCCGCGCCGAGCUCAGAGCGCUGGAAUCUGAACUCAUCGGUGUACAACAACGUUUUCUAAUACAACUGGUAAUCAAAGCACAUGCCUAUCUCGUCAAAUGUAAUAUCAUCAGGGGUCAUCUUGGUCUAGCAGACUCACCAGUUCCUCCUACACAAGAGCCGCUAGCCAUGGAUUUCGAGACGGCCAGCAAGGGAGGCAACCCGUUCCUGAUGGACGACUUCCCGACGGCGUCAUCCGCGAGCGACCCCCUGGGCAGCGGCGGCAUCUUCGGCACGACCACGACCACGACCGCGCCCACCAGCACGUCGUCCAACCCAUUCCUCAGCGACUUCGACUUCUCUGCAGCGGGAUCGGAGCCGGCGCCGCCGACCACGGCUGCUGCCGGCCCUGCAGGGGACAACCCGUUCCUCAGCGGCGACACCGCCGUCUCGUCGCCCUUCCUGCUGGACGACGCGCCCAGCGGGGCCAGUGGCGCCAUAUCCUCCACCAACCCCUUCGCACAGUUCAGCUCUGCUGCCACUGGAGCAGGAGGUGACAUCAACCACCUGGAUUUCUUCUCGUCGGUGGCGGUGACGACAGCGCCGUCCUCCGCGUCGGCGGGGGCGGACUCAUUCGGCUCUGGCGCCGGCAGCGACUACAGCAGCCUGUUCGCGGCCGCGGAGCCUGCCUCCGCAGUCACCACGUCCGCCGCCAGCGCCCUCGACUUCUUCGGGGGCAGUGCGGAGCCGGCGCCUGUCGCGCAGCCGCAGCAGUACCAGCCGCCUCCCAGGCCGGCGCCGCCCCCGGUCGCCGCCCUUCACCAGCCUCCAGCGGCGGACCUCCUGGCGGACGAUGCGGGCGACUUCUGCAAGGAGACGUCCGACAUCUUCGCGAACGCAGACGUGGACAGCGCCAGCUGCCCGCCCGCGCCCUCCUCGCGGACGAGCACGCCCGGCGGCGGCAGGGCUCCCAGGCGGCCCCCGCCCCCGCGUCCACAGCCGCCCAAGGAGACCAAGGACCUCAUCCUCAGCGUGACCGGCGCCAUGGAGGCCACGUCCUCGCACCUGCUAGACAGCAGAGACUCUUGCCUGCAGACGAACCAGGCGCCAGCGCGGCCCAGCACUUCGGACAUCCUGGGUCUGUUCGACGCCGCCCCAGCCACCACUGCCGCCAACGUCGACGUGAUGAUGCAGCAGCAGCAGCAGCCACCCAGGCAGCCUUCCGGGGGCGCAUCGCCCGUAGCAGCAGACCUGCUGCUGGGCGAUGCCUUUGGGGAGCCGAUGACGUCGGCCCAAGAACUUCAGCAGCAGCAGGACACGUCUGCCGUGAUGGACUUCACGGGCGUACCCACGGGGCCCGCGACUGCAGAGAGCGACCACCCAGUGGCGGAUUUCGACUUCCUUGGAGGAAAUACUGCUCAGUUCACCCUGCACGCGUCACAAAUCAAGAAAACCAUUCUGGACAAGCUAGAGUACCCGAGCCAUUCAAGACUGAAGAUGUGUGGAUGGAGAAAUGGAAAAACGACACUAGCAUACUUCACCGUGGCCUCGAAGAGCCUACAUGCACAUCAGGCUUCCAACUAUCUAGAAGAACCUGGUGUGUACUCAACAGAAGGCGAUGUGGGCAUGGAAGAACUAAGGCCUUUGCCGUCAGCGCCGCAGCAGCCGCAGGCCUACAACCCGGGCUCGCCCUUCGCCGCAGACACGGCGGCGGCAGCAGCAGCGGCGGACGACUUCGACGCCUUCACAGCCAAGUUCGAGAGCGCCGGCGCCGCCCAACAGCCGGACAGCGUGCUGGUGCAGGCCGGCGGCGACGCCUCGGGGGCGGGCUUUGGCGCGGAGGACAGCUUCGACGCGUUCCUCUCGCUCAGUGAGCCGCCGCCCCCGCCUCAGGGCACGCCCGCGCGCUUCAACAGGACCGGCUCGGCUGACAGCGACGACGCUCCAGACUUCUCCAUCUUCAUCAGGCCUAAGGGUGCAGAGUCAAACGAGGUGGCUCCGCAGCUGGCCCCGCCCCCCAAGAGCCCGCUGCCCGCCCCUUCGGCGGCAGAACCGUCGCGCUUCAACCCGUUCGACAAGAGCAGCGAGGACGCUGGCGUCGCCGUCGCCGCCACCGCCGUCGCCGCACCUGGUGGAGAGCCUGCCCUGCCGCAAGGGGCAGAGGUGCCGGACGGGAUGCUGCAGCGCACAGACUCCCAAGAGACACCGCCGACGCCGCUGUUCGACGAGGACGUGUCGCAGCCGCUGGAGCCCUUCCCCAGGACCACCUACCAGGGCGACGGCUGGGAGAUGCACCUCCGUCAGCCCAACAAGAAGAAGAUCACCGGCCAGAGGUUCUGGAAGAAAGUCUUCGUGCGGCUGGUGUACCAGGGCGACAGCCCGGUGCUGCAGCUGUUCAACACGAAGGACGACAAGGAUCCAUUCCAAGAGUUGCCGCUGCAGCCCUGCUACUCCGUGUCCGACGUGGGGGCGCAGCAGUUCGACCAGUACGGCAAGAUCUUCACGGUGAAGCUGCAGUACGUGUUCUACAAGGAGCGGCCGGGCGUUCGGCCGGGCCAGGUGACCAAGGCGGAGCGGCUGACCACGCGCAUCAGCCAGUUCGCGCACCACGCCAUCCAGGGCGACUACCAGGGCUGCAAGGAGUUCGGCAGCGACCUGCGCAAGCUGGGACUCCCCGUCGAGCACGCGCCGCAGAUAUCGCAGCUAUUCAAGAUCGGCUGCCAGAACUACGAGGACAUCAAGCAGUUCGGCGUGUGCGUGGAGGAGGCGCUGUUCCGGCUGUCUGCGCACCGCGACCGCGCGCUCAACUACAAGACGGAGGAGGUGCAGAUCACCGCCGUCGACGAGCUGUACGUCGAGCAGGACGCGCACGGACACAUAGACAAGCAGAUCGCCCGCGUGCGACUCUUCUUCCUCGGCUUCCUCGCCGGCAUGCCAGAUGUGGAGCUGGGAGUGAAUGACCUCUGGCGGCAGGGAAAGGAGGUGGUGGGUCGGCACGACAUCAUCCCCGUCAUCACAGAGGAGUGGAUCCGCCUGGAGGGUGUUGAGUUCCACAGCUGCGUCCAGCAGGACGAGUACGAGAAGUCGCGCAUCAUCAAGUUUAAACCUCCUGACGCAUGCUACAUCGAGCUGAUGAGGUUCCGGGUGCGACCUCCACGAAACAGGGAACUGCCUCUACAAGUCAAGGCCGUCAUAUGUGUCACUGGAAACAAGGUUGAGAUAAAGUCAGAGAUUCUGGUUCCUGGCUUCUCGAGCCGUAAAUUGGGCCAGAUUCCAUGUGAAGACAUCAUGGUGCGCUUCCCCAUCCCAGAGUGCUGGAUCUACCUGUUCCGUGUUGAGAAGCACUUCCGGUAUGGUUCUGUCAAGUCGGCCCACAGGAGGACAGGCAAGGUGAAAGGCAUUGAGCGAAUCUUGGGAGCCAUGGAGACGCUGGAACCAUCACUGAUAGAGGUAACGUCGGGACAAGCCAAAUAUGAGCACCAGCACCGCUCCAUCGUGUGGAGAAUGGCGCGCCUGCCCAAGGAGGGUCAGGGUGCAUACACGACACACUCGUUCGUGUGCCGUUUGGGGCUGACAUCGUAUGACCAGAUCCCAGAGCAGCUGGCAGAGUACUGCUAUGUGGAGUUCACCAUGCCUGCCACGCAGGUGUCCCACACGACGGUGCGGUCCGUAUCUCUCUGCAACGGUGCCAAGGAUGAUCCCCCAGAGAAGUACGUGCGCUACCUCGCCCGACACGAAUACAGGGUGGGUAUCGAGCACACACAGGGUGAAGGCCCAGGGGCAUAUGUGGCAGCCACAAUCACGACUACCAAGCCUCCACCAGCAGAGUUGGAGACACUCGAAGAAAAGGAAGCUGCACCAGCUGCCGACUCGGAUUCAGACUCAUCUAGUUAACCUCGUGAUCAAAUGAUGCAGUAAGGUAAGUGCUCACAGUUCACCUGUGGAUUAUACCGGACUGGUUGGUGCUUUGAGUCACACCACUCAUUAUACGGACAAUACAAACAGUUAUAUACAUGUAAGUUUAUGUGUUGCUGAUGAGAGGAAAACAUUGUUGUAUUUAAUAACGUAGUGAUAGAAAACAGUAUCAUUAAUGAUGUAAAUUAAUGUCAUGUUUAUAUGGAUUAGAUGUUUAUUUUUGUUGACUUUGUCAGAGGAUUAUUUUUAUUUCAUGAUAUUUAUUCAGUUAUUCAACAGCACCUCACUGAAGCCACUGACUAUAUUGCCUCAAGAGCCAGAGUGGGGGAGAUGUUUGCAUAACUUUAGACUCAGCUGAUAAUAAGUGUUUCCACAUACGAGAGCUGCGUCACUUGUUAAUCUGAUGUUUAACAAUUACUCAAUGCAUAAUUUGUACAGGACAAUAUAAAUAGCUGUAUGUUUUUGAUGUUAAAUGGUACAUGCAUGUAAUGUAUUGAACAUAUUUAAAUUUUAAAGUCCUUCAGACUGUAACAUAUGUAAUGAACUUGCGAUUUAUUUCUGAAUGAUGGUUCCCAUCAUUUACCUGAGGCACAACAAUGCAAGAGGCAAAUAUAUUAGUAGCAAUGUACAGUCACAUGAACCAGACAUCCUAGGAUACACUGUUCUCACGUGACUGCAAACAUUAAUAGAAUACUUUAAGAUAAGUUGAAGUUUAUUUCUUAGAGUUGCAAAGGGGCACAGAAGAGAAAUCUCGUGCCAGUGUAUGUAGUAAUACUUAUACAUAAUCAUGUAAUUAUGCAUGUACAUGUAUUGAUUGUUAUUGAUGUCUUUUCUUUCUAUGCUUUACCAUGACUAAGUGCUCAAAUAAUCUGAUCUCAAUGUGAGAUAUAACAAUGUACAAUAUUCCCUUUCAGUUUGUGUGUAUGAGAGUUGUUUAAUGUGGAAAAGUUGAAAUUACUUGUUACUAAAUAUCGAAUGGUUACCAGAUUUCAAAGUUUAAUGUUAACCUAUCCUUUUCUAACACACGCUUUACUAAAUGUAUAGUAGAAGGCACAGCUCUCUCCUCUAAAACAUACAUAAUACAAAACAAGAAAAUUACACGUGUCUAUCUCACAAUGGUUAUGUUGAUUCAACUCAGGGUAAAUUUUUUUCUUCACCAUUACAGGUCUCAAAUCAAGCUGCAACACUUCAGAAUAUUUUCCAAGGUUAAGGCAACUAUCAACAAAAGUAAAUUAAAAAGAAAUGUGGUAAUAAGUGCAACUUAUGCCGUAAAAUUCAAUCUAAACCUGUAAUGUGUUCAUUAAUUGCAUUAACUAUAAAUGUGUGGUUUCUGAUGACUAAUUUAAACAUUGGAUCAUUUCACAGCAGUUUAUUAUUUUAAAAAUUUACUUUAAGGUCAGUUCUUUAAGAUCAUAUUUCAAGGAUGUGCAUAAAAAGAUUCAUCUCCACCGCAACUAUCCCUGGAAGCAUCUGAUUUCUGACAAUAAAUCAUGAAAUAAUAAUGCUGUAACAUUAAAAAAGAUAUUUGUUGAAAUUUAAUGCAUGGUUUUAAAAUAACUUAAUUUUUAGGACAACUUCAAUUAGUUUAAAGAAAAGAUUUUUCUGUAUACAGUGUAUACACUUUCUAAAUGCU